AUGAUAGAAUGGACCUAUUCAAUAGUUUCUAAAGGAAACUCAUACGAGGGAAAGAAGAGUUCAAUGCUUGGACUUUUUGGAUUAGGAAAAAACAAUAAUAACUUGACAACAAGUGGACCACAAUUUCCUUCAUCAAGAGAAGGACAAACAACUGCUGUGUGGGAAACUGAAGUAUUGAAAAUUAAUCCAAUAACAAAAGCAGAGGAAUAUGUUAUGGAAGAACAAGUAAUUUUAUUUGGUGGAUAUAAUGGAAGUAAUUAUCUGAAUGAUGUUUGGGUUUUGGAUACAACUGAAUGGAAAUGGACUCGGUGUGACAUUGAUGAAAAACAAAGUCGUCCAAUGGGAAGAUCUAUGCAUACAGCUAUGGUUUAG